ACCAUGAGGCUGGUCCUGUGUUUUGCACUGGUCAUCCUGGCUCUUUGUUGCUAUGAAGCUAAUGCUAAAAUCUGUGAAGCUGUUAUGCGUGAAAGCACGAUCUUCAUAACGAAGAGCGAGAAAGAGCUGGAGGAGGAACUUAAGAAAUAUGAUGCACCUCCAGAGGCUGUGCAAGCUAAACUGGAAGCGAAGAAAUGUGUAGACGAGCACUUGAAUUUUUUUCACAAAAUAGGAGUAGCAGCCAUAUUGGUCUUUCCAAAGUCCUCUUCCAUGGAGCACUGGUUUGUCAACAUUUCUGCUCCUGGAGCUGCCUGA